AUGACUUGCAAACGAUUGUUUGCAGAGAUACACAACAAGAGACAAUUACAACUCAAGGUUACACCAAAAAAAGGUAUAAGUGGUGUAACAUUGUUGGACAACUCUGAUGUUGUGAUGGUUUACAGCCUUGUGAGCAUAUCUCGGAACCUCCCACCAACAUUGACACAUCUCGAGCUUGGUCCCAAGUUCAGACUGAUGGACCAUUCCUUUAUGCCGCCUUCGCUCACAUCACUCAAGUUGAAAAGUGUAUUACACUAUAACUUGAGGUUUGAUCAGUUGCCACCAUCACUCAAGACACUGGAGCUUGGUGAUCAUUUCAAAAACUAUUCUGAGAAUACAAAUAGAAGGAUGCCAGCAACAAUCACAUCAUUGUCAUUGGGCAAUGUGUACAAUGACGGUCUUCCCUCAGGCCUCCUCCCUUCUUCACUCAAAUCAUUGACGCUGGGUGCUCGAUUCGACCAACGCAUUGGCGAACGAUCACUUCCACUCACAUUGGAAACUCUUAGGUUUGGAAGGAGCUAUACACAAGAGUUUGGAUUGGGAGUGCUGCCACCAUCACUCACCUCUCUCUCGUUCCAUGAAUACUCAUUGUACGAGAAAGAGUUCAUUCCAGGAGUGUUGCCCAACCAACUUCAAUCAUUGACACUUGGAAAGGAAUACAAUCAGAUUUUUAGAGUUGGAUCACUCCCGCCAGCACUCACUCACUUGUCAUUUUUGAGCUCCAUAGAAUCAAAGUAUAAUCAAGAGUUCCAACUUGGUGUACUGCCCGCAUCACUUCAGACAUUGACUCUGGGCCAUACAUUCAAACAAUCGAUUCGACGAGGUAUUCUGCCCAACUCUUUGACCAACAUUGAUUUGCCCAUGAAUGGAGACCAAGUGAUCGAGCCAGGUGCACUUCCCAACUCACUCAUAUCCUUGACUCUCAGCGUCAACCCAGUGAUUAGUGUUGGAAUGCUGCCCAACUCACUCCAAUCACUCUACAUUACAUCUCGCUUUGCCGAUGUCAUACCUAUGGGCGCACUUCCAGAGUCAUUGACCAAGCUCUCGUUUGAGGGUUGUCUCUAUCUUGAUCAUCCAAUCACACCUGGCACAUUACCAUCAUCACUCAAGACAUUGACAAUUAUAUACAUUCACCCAAUCAUACAAGGUACUCUGCCAUCUGCGCUGACAUCACUCAAGUUAAUUAACUUCAACAGGAUAAUCCAACCUGGAGUAUUGCCAUCGUCAAUCACCGCAUUGGACCUGGGCCACUUGUAUGCCCAUUCACUUACUGCCAAAGUGCUCCCAUCAUCACUCACAUCGCUCAGAAUUGGUGGUUCACCCUUGACAUUCCCGAGACUCGAGACACUUGAGAUUAGUUCUUUGAAACACUUCACAGAGAUCAAGUGUGAUUAUAUUGGAUCACUGGUUAUCAACAGUGGCAUUGAUAGCAGGAAGUCAAAUGGUACUACACCAUGGCCAUCGACCAAACAACAUUUUGGAUCAUUCACCAUUGGCAGCAGAUCACACAGUUCAACGACCGAUCCCAAGUAUCGGGUGCAACAUAUCAAGUCGCUGAUCCGAUCGAUACCAAACGCCGACUCUUACAACAUACACAGCCAGGAAUGGAGUGUUCAACUUCGCAAGACUGAUCCAUGGAAUACAAUCAUUCUCAUCAGUACAUACAAAUGUAAAGAAGAUGAACAAUCAAUCGCCAACAAGAAGAGAAUACAGUUUGUCACUUUGGACAAGUCUGGAGAGUUGGUGUCAAGAUUGGAGGAUGAGAUCAAUCGAUUGAAGAAAGAGAAUGAUCGACUCACCAUCACCAAUGCAGAGUUGGUAAAGUCGAGGACCAAGACGGAUGAUGUGAACAAUAGAUUGAAACAAGAGAAUGAUCAACUCAAGUGUAAAGUGGAACGAUUGGUUCAAGAGAAGAAAGAGGAAAGCAAGAAGUUAGAGUCAGUCAGCAAUCAACUCAAUCAAUAUUUGAAGGAAUAG